UUCUCAUAAAGAUUCUGUUGGAAGUUGAUGACAUUGAGGAAGCAUUGAAUCUUUUGGAUCAAGCCAGUUCAGAACGCAAUGAACUUGAUACCUUGCUAUUUAAUACCAUUCUUGAAAAAGCCUGUGAAAAGGAAGUGAUUGAGGUAGUUGAAUUUGUCGUUGAGUGGAUGCACCAAGAAAAAGUCCAGCCGGAUCCAGCGACCUGCCAUUUUGUUUUCUCUGCAUAUGCCAACAGUGGUUUUCACAGCACGGCCAUGGAAGCACUGCAGGUUUUGAGUAUGCGCAUGAUAUGUGAAGAAGAUGGCAGCUUUCCAGAAAAGGCAGAAUUUGAGGAUGACUUCAUCUUUGCUGAAGACUUGGAAGCUGAAUCACGAAUAGUACAGCUUUUUAAAGAUUCUGAAGAGAAGCUUGCUGUUGCCCUUUUGAAUCUAAGAUGGUGCGCCGUGCUUGGCUUCCCAAUUUCAUGGUCAUCUAAUCAAAGCCCUUUUGAAGACUGUCAUCUAACUACACUGCCAGGUGGCAUUAUGACUCCAGUGAGUUUCCCUUUAUUAUUAUUUUUGGUUGUGGUCGAACGAAGCGUAAGGCCUCCUCAGGAAGAAGGGGUGAGAGGCACAGAUGAGGUCUUGAUCUUUUACCGCUGAUUUUUUAGAUUUGUAUUAGGCUAGGAUAUUUGAGAAAAUUAGGGGAUGCCCUUUUAUCUUUUUUGGUUCAUUACGUUAUUUUGUAAGCUACUGCUUUGUAUAUUUAAAAGGUGAAAUCGUACUGCAGUUCUCUAAACAGGAUCAACUGUGCCUAGGAGGAGGCGGCGGCAUGUUUUGUUGUUAAUUUAACAAAAAGCACAAAAAAGCAUUGAUAUU